CGCUCGCCAUUAAAGUCCUUCCUUCCCCCCUGUCUCCUCAAGAAUCAUCAUCAUUUCUUCUUCUUCUUCUUCUCCUCCUCCUCCUGUGUAAGUCAUCGUCCUUUUUUGCCCUAUCUUAUAGGGUUUCGAAAAUUCCCUGCGUUUCUUCACGCGUUCAUGAAUCCGAGUCUUCGAGGCCUAUACGACGCCGAUUUCGCCCUGGUGGUCUUCAUCUCCUUCUUCGUCCUUUUCGCUCGAAUUUUUGCUCUCUUCGGAGGGUUUGGUUUUCCGACGGGGUUCGAGCUUUACCCAUGUCCGGCCUCUUCAGAUUCAGUGGUGAUGAAGACUUUUUCCCUGGAGGAUCGUUGUAUCUAUCCCCGGGAAGCCAAAUCGAUGUAUAUUACCCAGCACAUAAGCGAUCAAGGAUCGCGGCCCCGGCUAUUUUCAGUGGAUUCGAGCAGAAUCAAGUUUCAAUAGAUGUCUUGCCAGACGAGUGCCUUUUCGAGAUCUUCAGAUGCUUGCCCUCUGGACAAGAGAGGAGUGCCUGUGCUUGCGUGUCCAAGCGUUGGCUUGGCCUUCUGAGUAAUAUCCGUGGGGAGGAAGUGAGUGGUUCGGAAGACAAAUCUCAAAAAGUAGAUGAUGAAGGGCAUUUGUCAAGAAGCUUGGAAGGGAAGAAAGCCACAGACUUAAAGCUCGCUGCCAUUUCUGUUGGAACAGCUAGUCAUGGUGGACUGGGGAAGCUUUCGAUCCAUGGGAGUGAUUUUUCCAGCAAAGUGACGGAUGUUGGCCUUCGAGCAAUUGCAUGUGGUUGCCCGUCUCUUAGGGUUCUUUCCUUGUGGAACUUGCCUUCAGUUGGUGAUUCUGGUCUAUAUGAAAUUGCACAGUCAUGUCCGGCGCUUGAAAAACUUGACCUUUCGCGCUGUCCCGGGAUAACUGACAAGGGUUUGGCUGCAAUAGCUGACAACUGCCCGAAUUUGAUUGACUUGACGAUUGACUCAUGUUCAGGCCUCGGAAACGAGGGAUUGAAGGCUAUUGCUCGAUGCUGUACCAAUCUCAGGUCUAUCUCUAUCAGGAACUGCUCACAGAUUGGAGAUCAAGGAGUUGCAUUCCUCUUGGCCCAAGCUGCUGGUUCUUUGAACAAAGUUAAGCUUCAGAUGCUGAACAUAACCGAUCUGUCUCUUGCAGUACUUGGGCACUAUGGAACAUUAGUUGCUGAUCUCGUGCUUAGCGGUCUUCGAGGUGUCAGUGAGAAAGGUUUUUGGGUCAUGGGAAAUGGAAAAGGGCUUAAAAAAUUGAAGUCUCUCUCGGUUAUGUCAUGCCUUGGCAUGACAGAUGGAGCCCUUGAAGCCGUGGGAAGUGGUUGCCCUGAUCUGAAGCAAGUUUAUUUGAGCAAAUGCUUGCUUGUCUCUGGAAAAGGGCUCGUCUCUCUAGCCAAAUCCGCACUGUCAUUAGAAAGUUUGAAACUUGAAGAGUGCCACAGGAUCAACCAGUUUGGUUUUUUCGGAUUUCUUGUGAACUGUGGCCUAAAGUUGAAAGCUUUUUCGGUGGUUAACUGUCUAGGCAUAAGAGACAUUAACCCGGGAUCACCCCUGCCAUCAACCUAUUGCAGCUCCUUGCGCUCACUUUCAAUCCACUGCUGUCCUGGGUUUGGCGACUCAAGCCUCACUCUCUUGGGCAAGUUCUGUCAUCAGCUUCAGGAGGUUGAGCUCUGCGGGCUAAGUGGAGUUACAGAUGUUGGCCUUCUCGGGCUGCUUCAGUACAACAGUGCCGGUCUGUUGAAGGUUAAUCUGAGCGGCUGCAUCAACAUCACUGACAAUGCAGUCUUGACCAUUGUCACCCGACAUGGCUGCACGCUUGAGUCACUGAACCUUGACACCUGCAAAAAUAUCACAGACACAAGCCUGAUUGCAGUUUCCAAGAACUGCUACUCAAUCAAUGACCUCGAUGUGUCGAAUUCCCGUGUCUCAGAUGUCGGUAUCGAAGCCUUGGCAUCUUCUCCCAACCAUCUGAAUCUUCAGAUCUUUUCCAUCGGUGGCUGCUCGGCUGUUACAGACAAGAGCCUGGCCUCCCUACAGAAACUGGGUCACACCCUUUUGGGAUUAAGCAUCCGACAUUGCAGCAAAAUCAGCAGCAGCGCCAUCGAUGCUCUUCUAGAACAACUGUGGAGGUGCGAUAUACUUUACUGAAGCCAUAAAAAUCUCAGGAACCCUAGUGUCACCUGGAACUCGGUUUCUUUUUCCAGGAGGCAGCAGCUGUUUUUUAAAACAAUUUUUGCAGGUUCCCAUCUAAACAUGGGUAUCUGUUUCAACGGCUGCUUGCCAUUCCUGGAGGUCCUGUUACCGAGUUUUCUGGGCUCUAGGGUCCAGUUGAGUUUGGAGCUCUCAUCUGUGUCGUGUUCAGUUGUAUUUUCGAGCUCUCAUCUCUCUGUGAAUGUCUUUUCGAGUGCUCUCUUGCUGUUCAGUUGAGUUUAAGUGUCCUGGUGUCUUUGUCUCUGCUAUGGAGCUUUCGGCUAUGGCGGUGUAACAUCUUAGUUCCGCCAUGAGAGCUCUUCAAGUUUUUCUCUAGGGAAGGUCUUUCUUUUCCCUCUUUUCCGAGGCACUGUUGGUCUGUUCAUAUGCAUGUAAUAGAAUUUGUUCAGUUAAGUAAUAUAGUUGUUGUAUGCCUGAA